AUGCAAGAGAUGCAGGGCAGCUGCUUGAACGUUUCCGAUGAAGAGCCAUCGGAUCUGGAACUGCGACUGAUCGAAGAACUUCGGUUUGACGAAGCCGAGCAGAUGAUCUACGAGAGGGUGCGGCAAAGGGAGGAGGCAGCUGAGCUUGCAGCAAAACAGGCGACAACCAAUGCAGCUCCGGCCAAGCAGCAGCAACCCGCAGCAAUGCCGCCCUCCACAGCUUCGACUCAACAGCAGCAUCCCGCAAUGCAGGCAGGACCACAGAUGCUCACGACAGGGCAGCCAUCCACACAACAGCAGGAGCCGGUCGCAAAGCAGGCAGGACAGGGCCUAGCAGGGACAUCGCCAGCAACAGGACUGCAGCAGCAGGUGCACACAACAGAGGUUGCAGCAACACAGGCGACAACCAGUGCAGCCCAGGCCAAGCAACAGCAACCUGCAGCAGCGAUGUCGCCGACCACAGCCAGGAUCCAAGAGAAGCAUCUCGCAGUGCAGGCAGCUCAGGUUCCAGCAGUGCCGCCCAAAGCCACGAUCCAACAGCAGCAUCCCGCAACGCAUGAGGACGAGCCAUCGGAGGCGGCAAUCGACAGAAGAUUGCGACGCAUCAUGGCACCAACACCGAUGGGGACGUACAAGGUGAGCGAGUCCAUCCGAAACAUGUGGAAUGAUCCCUCGAGCCGGCCGAAGGUUAUCAAGAUAUUCCAGGAUGUGGGCUACUCCCCCGAUGCCUUCAUCAAGCGCUUCUCCGUCACCAGCACGAGGGAGAAGGAGGAAGAGGUCUCCAUUCCUUUCGAGUUCGUGUCUGAGGAAGAGAUGGCGACCGAGCACGGCAUGAGUGAGGAAGACAUUCUGAAUGUCGUCACGAAAGCCAAGACGGAUCCCGCGAAGUUCAUACGGAAUUCUGCGAGAACUACUAUCAAAGAGGAGCAGGACUUCGAUUGUCCAACGGACGAGAUCAACCUGGAGAUGCCCUCGGGAUCUGUGCUCAAAAGGGCUGAAGACCCCGACCUCGACAAUGGUACUGCCAAACGCGCCAAGAAGGUGGAGGACCCCGAGGUCAAGCAGGCUAUGGAAAAGGAAUCCCUGAAGAUCCUGAAAAGGAUGGCCUUCCCCAACAUGGACAGGAUCGAAACCGCAGGGCAAAGCCUGCACAAGCUGAUGGGUUGCAUCAGCACACGCUUGCUUGUGGUGGAGGAUGCAAAAAACCAGCUGCAGGGUCACGUGGACAAGAAGCAGGAGCAGCUACAGCAAGACCCGGCUGCAGGGACAGCAAAGGGGACUGCAUUGAAGACUUUGCAGCGGAUGGUCGAGCGCCUCACAACGAGCUAUGAUGCCAUCGAUGCAUGCAGUGACGAGUUCCAAGAUCUGCAAACCCGGGGCAUCGUUGACGGCUGGGACGAGAUCACCCUGGAGUUGAAGGUGGCCAUCACCAAGAUCAAGAAGCUGCUUCUCGGCUGGCUGGUGGAUUCCUGGGAGCUCGAGAACCGAGCAAGGUCACUGAUUCCGGUGGAAGUGGAGGAAGAGAAGCAGGAAGAGAAGAAGGAGGCUCCGGCUGCUGAUGUGGGACGCAUAGCUCGUGCUUUUACAGCUGAUAUGGGCAGCACCUCAAGCUGCAACUCCAUCGGGCAAGCAUGCAAGGUUAGUAAGACCCAUGGUGAAAGGGAUUGUCAGAGGCUGUUUCAGCGGUUCAAGAUGACGCUAGGUGUUCCGAUAUCGGAGUUGCAGCAUGAUGAUGUUGAUGGGGGGCCGGUCAAACUUCCUUUCAUCAACAUCAAAGAUUUCUUUGGGUUCCUACUGAAGACGUACCCGAAGCUUUUGUACGGUGGUUUUGACCUCGGGCCCGAACAAGAGAAUCUUUGCUUGCAGUUUUGGCAAGGAUAUCGUCUGUACCAUCCGGAGCACGAGAUCUUUAGUACAUUCACGGAAGAUGAGAGGAAACGGAUCCUACCGGCGGCAGCAAAAGCUGCUGCCCCCCCUCGCCACGAAACCGGCCUCAUAGAUGCAUACUUGGAGGAAGUUGCCAGAGAGAUGACCGAUUUGUUUCACGCGGGUGUGCCGCACGGUGGUUCCACUUACCGCUGUGCGGUCAUAGGUGUGAAGGGCGAUUUAGAGUUCUUCCUAGAGACCGCCUACCUGAACCGAAUCCCUGCAAUCGACACUCGGGACACUCCGGGCUGGAGAAGCACUUUACAUAGUGAUGAGCCCUGGGACGAGUUGCCGAUUUUGAAUCAGAUUCCGUUUGCAUCCACGAAGAGACCCGCUUUGUACAGGAAAGAUGUUUUCCAUACUUGCAAAUUCGGCUUCUUGAAGGAUUUGAAUGCAGGUAUCAUUAUGCUCUUGUGCGAGUGGAAAUAUUUGGAUACCCCCGGGGAUCCUUGGUCUAUGAACGCCCGACUAUCCCGAGCCUUCGGCCUGUUCAAACUUUGGCUGUCAACCUCCAAGAAGAGCUCUGGACUCAGGAAAUUUUCCAAGUUGUCAUUCCAUCGUGACAAGGCUACCAAAUACCCGUUCAUGAGUGGCAAAGGGUCAGAUUCGGUGGUAGUCUUAGAGUUCCUGGAAUGGCUUUUGCGACUGAAGCUUCGGUCUCCAAAGGAGCCUGGGCACACACUGCUUUUGUCUGCGAUGUUGGAAGCAGUGCAAGGAGCCUUGUGUUUCAUCGGAACAUACCACUCACACGGGUGUUUCUUCUCUGCUCCUUGUGCGAGAUUCGCGAUCGCAUCUGGGCUUCGCCUGUUCAGGGGCUACGUGUUCUUGGCCAACACGUGCAUACGCAAUCACAAAAGGUAUUUUUCCUUGAAGCCUAAGGUCCAUUACUUCCAUCACGUGUUGGUGGACAUGCAAGAUCAGGUUGACUUAGGCCACGAAGUCAUUUUUAAUGCCGCAGCAUGCUUCAACGCUGAAGGGAAUGAGGAUAUGAUUGGCAAAGUCAGCAGGAUCUCUAGGCGGGUGUCACCAAAGGUGGCCAGCCGAAGGACUAUCGAGCAUUACCUGCUCGCUUGCAAACUCCUUUACAAGAACUCUGGAGUUUAA